UUGAAACGAUGGUUUUGAGCCGAGGCAGAUAUACAGUUCACAAGUGUCUUUCUGACUAAUACAAGCUAGGUUUAGUUCUUGUUCCCAUUCGAGAGGUAGUGUGACCUUUCUUUAUUACAGCAGCGAUGCAGGAGGAGGAGGAAGGGAGGUGUUAGUCAGAUUAUAAUUAACAUGUAACUUGUUGUUUGCUGUGUGAUGUGAUGUGAUGUAAUGUCUGCAGGUAGCCGCCUGUCAAGAUGGCACGAUGACAUUGUACGAGCUUUCAGCCAAUACGGUUCACGGGUUGUACAAAGACAGAUAUGCAUUCCGUGACAGUCUAACUGAUGUUGUGGUACAACACUUAACCACUCAAGGUCGAGUUCGUAUUCAUUGUCGUGAAAUGAUCAAGAAAGUUGCUAUCUGCAAAGAUCGUCUUGCCGUUCAGCUUCCUGAUAAGAUUAUAAUUUAUGAACUGGCAGAUCAGAUAGAAAAUCCUGAAACAAGACAUUACAAAGUGAAAGAGAAGAUCUUCAGAAAAACAGAUUGCAGUCUUCUUGUUGUUUGUUCGCGCCAUGUUGUGCUCUGUCAGGAGCGGGUGUUGCAGUGUUUGACAUUUGCUGGUGUUAAAGAGAGAGAAUGGAAUUUAGAGGCUCCAAUCAAAUACAUCAAAGUGACUGGUGGACCACCAGGAAGAGAAGGGUUACUUGUUGGUUUGAAGAGUGGACAGAAAUUAACAAUCUGUGAUAAACAGUUGUAUGGGUGUACAUGGCUACCAAUCGCACAAUUUAAAACCGCACAAUAG